CAUUGCUGAACGUUAGUGCAUGCGUCCAUUCCUGAGCAGCAGAGGUUUUCACUCGAUCCUGGCCGCUAUACCUGAAGAGCGCGACAUAAGAGGGACCUGGCAAUGAUCUCACUGGACUUCAAUUUUAAUGUUUUGACAAGGGACCUGUCACUUUAUCUGGAAAAUCAAGUGAAAGUUGGCCUUUUUGGAUCUGGAGUACUGUCACUGGUGCUUGGCUUCAGCGCAGCUUAUGCCUACUACUACUUGAUCUCUGUCGCGAAGAAGCCCCAACUGAUUUCUGGUGGAAAGAAGUUCUACCAGUUCCUGCGGGACCAAUGUCCCGUGGUGUCAGAGAUCUACUACCCCACCUUCUGGUGCUGGGAGAGCCGGAUCCAGACGGUGCUUAGGCCCUUCGUCACGGCUAAACCGGGGGUCAGCUACAGAAAUGAGCUCAUUAGAGCAGAAGAUGGAGGACAGAUCUCUCUGGAUUGGUUCGACAACGAUGACAGCGCCUCCCACCCCAACGCGGCCACACGGCCCACCGUCCUGCUGCUUCCAGGCCUGACCGGUACCAGCAGAGAGUCCUACAUCCUCCACAUGGUGCAGCAGAGCAGGGAUCUGGGUUAUAGGUGUGCGGUAUUCAACAACAGAGGGGUGUCUGGUGAAACUCUCUUGACUCCCAGAACAUACUGUGCUGCCAACACAGAGGACCUGGAGGCGGUCAUCGAACACAUCCAGAGGACAAAUGAGGACGCCCCUCUCAUGGCUGCUGGGGUCUCCAUGGGCGGGAUGAUGCUGGCGAACUACCUGGGGAGGAAGGGCAGAGAGACGUGUCUGAAAGGUGUGGUUGUGUUCUCGGCAGGCUGGGAUGUGUUUGAGUGCACAGCGUCAUUGGAGAAGCCUCUGGAUCGCUUUCUCUUCAACUCCUAUCUCACCAGCUGCCUGCAGGCGGGCGUGGACAGACACAAAUCUGUGCUUGAGAAGAGUUACGACAUUGAUCAUGUGAUGAAGGCCAAGACCCUCCGUGAGUUUGAUGAGAGGUUCACGUCUAUAAUGUUUGGCUACCCCACCAAUGAUGACUACUACCAUGAUGCCAGUCCCAUCCACAGGCUCAAGUCUGUGCAGGUGCCCAUGUUGUGUCUAAACGCUGCAGACGACGUCUUCUCUCCCAGUCAUGCCAUUCCAGUGGAGGCGGUGAAGCAGAACCCUAACCUAGCCCUCCUCAUCACCUGCCACGGUGGCCAUAUUGGUUUCCUGGAGGGCCUGUGGCCCCGACAGAGCACCUACAUGGACCGCGUGUUUAAGCAGUUUGCCAAGGCCGUCAUAGAACAGGGUGGCGACCUCAAUGACCUUUCCAGCUAGUACGACAUUCCUUUUCUCCCUCUCUCUCUUUCUUUAAUUUCUUUCCUCCUCCCCCCAAUCCUUCUCCCUCCCUCUCUCACUACAAGCAAAAAAAGCAUUAUUUAUUUUGAAGGGCACAUCCUGUCACAACACAGCAGUCGUCCGUCAACUCAUGUAUUCCUUCAUACAUUCAUGAAUUCAAUGUAUGUAGCCAUGAAUUCAUAUCAUGCUUAUUUUAAAAAGAUGAGUAUGUUCACAUUCGUAUCUUCAAAUAUGAAUAAUUUCAGCUGUCUUUCUCCAUCCGUCAGUGUUCUCAACAAAAACUCUGUAUCAAUAGGAUUUUAGUCCUCAGGGAUUUUAUUUAUUUUUUACAUAGUGUCUGUCUGUCUGUCUGUCUCUGUCUGUCUGUCUGUCUGUCUGUCUGUCUGUCUGUCUGUCUGUCUGUCUGUCUGUCUGUCUGUCUGUCUGUCUGUUAUGAAUGUGAAUAGUUUAUGUUAAAGAAUGUUUAGUCCAUUCAACAACAACAAAAUACCUAACCUAAUCUUUUGUGACAGCUAGCUGCUAUAGUAGCGUGAGAUUUAGUUCUGGGUCCCGAGGUGAUACCUUUUAAUUUACCUCAACAGAUCACAGUAUUUAUGUUCUCUUGAAUUGUUCUGCAUGCACUUUCAUUCACACAUUCUACCUGUACACACAUAAAAUAGCUCUAACAAUGUAAUGUUAUGGAGAUAACUCAUUAUUAGUUAUAAGGAAUGUGAAUUUGCACUAUUUUAGUUUGAACAAGCCAUGCCUCUAAUUCCUUCCUGCAAACGCACUUGAUUUCAAUAGUUUUCCUAUGUAAAUAAGUAUACCCAGAAGGCCUAAUAAAUUAAUAUGCAAAUACCACAUGGAUGUUAUUGUUUGUCCUGAUGUUGAGGACACAGCUAAGUAUUAGUUACUUUGUGGGCCAGUAUUACAGUAUUUUACCGUACUUGUAGGGUAUUUGCUGAGCAUAUCAACCUUGAUGCAUAUAUCAUCAAUUCAGCUGGGUUGCCAGUUUGGUUCUGCUUAAUCAAAACAAUGAUAAAGGAGUUGUUUACCAUAAAGGAGUUAGCAAAAGUAGCACCAAAUUUGGCAACUAGGCCAUCAUCAUUGGGGCGGCAGGGUAGCCUAGUGGUUAGAGCGUUGGACUAGUAACCUGGAAGGUUGCAAGUUCAAACCCCCGAGCCGACAAGGUACAAAUCUGUCGUUCUGCCCCUGAACAGGCACUGUUCCCAGGCCGUCAUUGAAAAUAAGAAUUUGUUCUUAACUGACUUGCCUGGUUAAAUAAAGGUACAAUUAAAAUAAAAAAUCAAUGGAGCUGGGUUGCCAGUUUGGUUCUGUUUCAGCAAAAAAUGACAAAGGAGUUGUUUACUAUAAAGAAGUAGCAAAAAUUUCGACCAGAUCUGGCAACCUGGCUAUUAUGAAUGCAGCUUGCCUGUUUGGUUCUACUUCAGCAAACAAUGAUAAAGCACUUGUUUACAUCAAAGGAGUUAGCAAAAGUAGCACCAGAUAUGGCAACCGGACUGUCACCAAUGCACUGCUUCAGACAUUGCCUGUGUACAAAAUGGCACCCUAUUCAAUAUAUAGCGCACUACCUUUGGCCAGAACCUCAUGAACCCUGGGCAAAAGUAAUGUAGGGAAUGGGGUCUCAUUUCAUAUGCACCUAUGACUUUGUUCCUGUGGAAUUUGUAUGUUUCUCUAUUUUGCCCCGUGGCCAUUAAGUAGCAUGUUAUGACGUCAUCCCGUUCUGAAAUGUAUGACUAAUACCAACACUGCAUCGUAAUCAGUAGCACAAAGGACAUGUUUUGUUAGUCAUUAUAUAUACAGUAUAUAUAUAUAUAUACAAUAUUAUGUUUAAUUUUAUAUACAAAACAAUCAAUUCUAUUUACAUUCGCAGCAAAAAGAUAUGCACGUAUUAGUAUGAAGUGUGUUAUGCUGCAUUUAAUAAAUUAUUAAAAUGGAACAUUG